AUGGCGAAAUAUAUCCUACUAAUUUUCGUUGUGCUAUCCACAUUGUUAGAUUUAUCCACGACAUCUCCAUCAAGUGGUACAACAAUUGGAACUUCAACAGCAGUAUCUCCAGCCACAACAACGGCAACCCCAACAAAACCACCGAGUACUAAACAUACACCAACAGUGCCUCCAACCACACAACAAACGAGUACUAAACCUGGAGCUACAACAACAGUACCGUCAACCACACAACAACCAAGUACUAAACCUACACCAACAGUGCCUUCAACCACACAACAAACGAGUACUAAACCUACACCAACAGUGCCUUCAACCACACAACAAACGAGUACUAAACCUGGGGCUACAACAACAGUACCGUCAACCACACAACAACCGAGUACCACAUCUGGAGCUACAACAACAGUACCGUCAACCACACAACAACCGAGUACUAAACCUGGACCUACAACAAAAGUACCGUCAACCACACAACAACCGAAUACAACAAAAACACCUUCAACCACACACCAACCGAGUACAACACUUGGGACAACAACACUUUCUCCACCAUCUGGCUUCCCAUGUCCGAUUCCACAACUGAGAAAUGGAUUUAUAAACCAUACACAUUCAGAUGAUUCCCAGCAUUAUCCCCCAGGAGCAAAUUUGACCUAUACAUGUGACAAAGGAUUCUGGGUAAUUGGAAAGAAAAAUGGUGUCAUAACCUGCAAUGUUAGUGGAACGUGGGAACCUAAGAUUGAUCAAUGCAAUGUCGUUGACUGUGGUUGGCCGGGUCCUAUACACAACGGGAACGUUUCCGUGCCGCAGAAUUGUACAAAGUAUAACUGUAUAGCCAGUUAUCGAUGCAAGAGGAACUUUGCCUACAAUGGCAAGACUGUGGUUUGGAUAAAAUGUCUAGAGAGGGGUGAGUGGAAUAUGACCGUUGCAGCGUGCACUCCAACCGCUGGACCAACAAGUCCCCAGAAUAGAGGUGUUGCAGUAGCCCUUGGUAUACUUAUAACAGCCAUAGUGUUAUGUAUCCUGGUCAUUGCAAUUAUGAUUGCGUGUAAAAGGCGUGGCAUGCAGGGUAGUGAUGAUGGGAACUACGUUCCUCCACAUCGAAGAAUCACAUCAAGUGUACCAGCAUUCAUUAGGAAUAAAAAUCCAUUUAGGCGACAGAGAAACGAGGAAGAGAAUGAGAUGAAUAGAGAAUUCAAUAAUCCAUUGAGCAACGGUGCUCCUCCAAGUAACAGCGAAAACUACUCGUAUGAAGUUCAUCCAAACCUUGACAACCGAACCUAUGGCACAAGUGCCCAGUUCCGUAACGCGUCGACCACCGAUGACUCUCACGUGACACUUGAUGUUCCAAAGGGAUCCCAACAGUCCGAGAUUUGAUCAAAUCUUAGAGAUGAUCGUCAUAAUUUGAGAUUUGAUCGUACAAAUCCGAUCUCGUAGAUUAGUUCAGCCUAUCAUAUGUAUCUUGGAUAUCAACGUUUCAAAUUAUAAUCCAUGACGUUGUCAAGAUUCACCCUUAAUUACAGGCAAAUUCGAGAUCUGAUAGAAUAUUUGAUACAUUUGAUAAGAAAUGAAACCAUUUUCAGCAUGGGCUUGUGGGCGAUAGAAAUAUUUUUUAUGAAGACGGCUACUAGUUUUUAAAAAUUAAAUAAAAAAAUCUAAUAAAGCUAUACCUCUGCUGCUAUCUUUAUAUAUCUGCCUAAAACCUGAGUUCUUUUAGCGUGAAGUAUGACAACCAAUCAGCAAAUAUUAGGGCCUGGUAACCAUGACAGCAAUCUCCAUAACUUACAUUAAUUUAUUUUGGUUUCUGUUUUGAAAGAAACUCACGGUGGUGCGUAGUGCGUGCCAUCGUAGAAGAAUAUUCACUUGGAAACAUGUACAUACGUGAAGCGUGUGUAUAGUCAGGAGUUAAUAAUCGAGGCAAAUAGAUUGGACAAAGAAGGCGAUACAAUGAUAUCAUUAGAUUUCUAUUUCCACGUUCAACUGAAAAAUUGAUCGUGGGUCAUUCUUUCUGCCAGUAACAUUGAACUGAAAUAUAAUUGUAAUUCUAUGAAUAAUGAAUAUCCAAAUGUUUUGUGAUUGUAUCGUCGCUGUAAAACCACUCAUUGUGUUUAUUGCAAAAUUGAGUUAUACUCUUGAAGUCAAAAGAAAAGUUAAAUUUUUAGACUGAGGAUGGAAGUAAUCUAAAAGGUUUUAUUUUAAGGGCUGGGGAUGGGGUAAAUCCAAAAUGAAUAUCACUUAAAAACAAUGAAUGAGGAUAGGGGUAAAGGAAAAGUUUCAUUAUGGUAGGGUAGAGGAUAGAGUAAGGAAAUUAAUUUCGGUUUUGCAGAUUUGUUAACUUAAAUCUGUGUAUGACAUGUAUUUGAACGAAAGUGUUUGUGAUUAUUUAGUAUUAAUAUAAAACACUACGAUUUAUAUAUGUAAAUGUUUGGUUUUCAAAACCACUAUUUUUAUUUAUUGUAUUCAUUUCCCUAAUAAUUUUUAAUGAAUCAUGAUUUUAAUACAACACAUAUCUUCUAAAAUUUAUCAUUGACAAGUUGUAAAAUAUUCUAACAAAUUUUAACAACUGCUCAAUUGAUCACAAUUCAUAAUCUAGGUCAAUUCAUGCUCACCUUAUGCUAUCCACAACUCCACAAACAAGACCUUGUUUUACUGUUCAG